UAUCAAAAUGUUAGAAUCGUUUUGUUGGAAAGCGAUUGUAAAUCGUGUAUUUAUUAAAUUUCUAGUAAUUGUUACAGUGUGAAAACUCUCUUCACCUGCUUCUCUGGUAGUAAGAGAUAUGUAAAAGAUGGACUAUAAGUUUUAAAGUGCUAAUAUUAGUUGAAAUAUGAACGCCGUAAAAAGUGAAUUGGACAAUGUAUGCCGCGGUUGUUUAUGCGUCGAUCGCAUACUGAUGCCGCUAAACAAGAAUGUUGAUUUAUUUUUUAUACUACUGGGCAACGAACUUUCUAUAUCCGAGGAUUCCAAAUACUACAAUAUUCUCCUGUGCUGGGAAUGCAUCGCACUAUUGAAGAAGGCUGAAGUUUUCCGCAAGAGAGUGCAGUCGGCUCACAGAUAUUUCGAGAGAAUAUUGAGCAGUCCAAUCACGAUACGGGCCUUAACAAAUCUCAAUACUCACAAGAAGGACGACUACGACUUAAUAUAUGUGGAAAAUGAGAAUUUCGAACCCAAAAUAAAACCUGAAGCAUUAAAAUUUGAAAUUCCGAUACCCAUAUCGAAUGAACCUGAUAACAGCUGUCAUAUUAAAGAGGAAAACUACGAUGAAGACGAUGAUGACGACGACAAUAACUUUGAUUACGAUGCGGAGGAGGCGAAACCCGAUGUGUCUUCCUUCGUGAAGAAGGAGAAGAAAAAAAAGAAAUACAAAAUCAGCCCUUUGGGUAAAAGAAUAAAGACAAAAUCCAUCAAGUACACAGAGGAGGAAAUAAAUAAAUACAUAGAACAAGUCGACUACAGUCUGAAGGAUGUGUUAGCGAUGAGGCACGAAAAGAAACCCAAUCGGAUUAAGAACAUGGAAACUCGUUGCAAUGUUUACAUAAUGAAACUGCUGGAGACGCAGAAGAAAGAUCUGAGUAAAAGACUGAAGGGCGACGGCAUAACGUGCUCGGAGUGUGAUGCUGUAGUGCCGGACCAGGAGUCCAUGAAGAUGCACUGGGAGAGCCACCCGGUUUCUCUUCUCCGCUGCCACUUCUGUGGCCUUCUCAGCAAGUCGCGCAAGAACCUCACCUACCACACUGAGGCGCGGCACUCCAUCAUAUACAGCUGUACGCUGUGCAAUAUCGAGUUCAGAGCCCUGCCGGAGUACUACCGCCACGACCGGGAGCUUCACAGGACACUAAUAUGCGACUACUGCGGCAAGAAGUUCCAACAGAAAAGCGGCAUCGAACGGCAUAUCAAACGUAAGCACUUACCAAUGAAAUGCGAGGUAUGUAAGCGGAAUUACAAAAAAAUGGCUUUUCUGAACAACCACAUGGCCGUUUGCCACCCGGAGGUGAAGUGGAAAACGGUCAAGCGCGAGUUGACAUACUGCGUCGAAUGCGACAUGCAUUUCGGUACGGAGUUCCUAUAUAAACGUCACCUGAGAACCGCCAUUGCCCACCGACCUAAACCCAAAAUCACACACAACCAUUUACCCGCGAUGUGCUAUAUUUGUAACUUUGAGUUCAAACGAAAGAACUACCUGGCUGAGCACAUGAAGCUAUUGCACCCGGAGCAUAAAGAGGUUAAGAGGAAAAUAGUCAAAGAGCUAGCCUACUGUGUCGAGUGCGACCUGCAGUUCGCGAGCGAGUACUUUUACAGGCGGCACCUGAGAUACGCGGUCGCGCACAAGCGCAGGAUAAGAGCUAAGGUACCUUGCCCGGACUGUGGUAAGAUAUUCAGUCGGAAGAGCUAUAUGGAUAAUCACUAUAAACUAAUACACGUUAGAAAGAGUCAGCACUAUUGUGAGCUCUGUGAUAAGCACUUCAUAAACGGCUACGCGAUACGAACACACAAGAAAUUCGUCCACGAGAAAUACGAGAAGCCGAAGAACAAGAUAUGUGAUAUCUGCGGAAGAGGUUUCCAUACAAAUCGCGUGCUGAUUAAUCACAAAAGGACACAUACGGGUGAGAGGCCGCAUAAGUGCUCUUACUGUCCCGCGGCCUUCGCGCAGAACGUCGCGCGGAAGACGCACGAGAAAACACAACAUAAACACCUACUGCAAGAGCUCAAGGGCUUCUCGGCGUGAGGGCAGACGAAUAUUAUGCUAAUGUAAAUGAAUUCUCCAACAGGUCUUAACAAUAAACUAUCCAAUCUUUGUC